AUGUCUUUUCUGUUUUCUCAUGAUCUGUCUGUUCGUCUUUCUCUCUGUUUCUGCAUCUAUCUCUCUCCAUGUCUUUUCUCUCUCUCUCUCUCUCUCUCUCUCUGCAUGUCUCUAUCUGUCUCGCUAGCCAUGUCUUUUCUCUCUCUUUGCAUGUCUCUAUCUGUCUCUCUAGCCAUGUCUUUUCUAUCUCUCUCUCUCUCUCUCUCUCUGCAUGUCUCUAUCUGUCUCGCUAGCCAUGUCUUUUCUCUCUCUUUGCAUGUCUCUAUCUGUCUCUCUAGCCAUGUCUUUUCUCUCUCUCUCUCUCUCUCUGCAUCCAUGUCUUUUCUCUCUCUUUGCAUGUCUCUAUCUGUCUCUCUAGCCAUGUCUUUUCUCUCUCUCUCUCUCUCUCUCUGCAUGUCUCUAUCUCCAUGUCUUUUCUCUCUCUCUCUCUCUCUCUGCAUGUCUCUAUCUGUCUCGCUAGCCAUGUCUUUUCUCUCUCUUUGCAUGUCUCUAUCUGUCUCUCUAGCCAUGUCUUUUCUCUCUCUCUCUCUCUCUCUGCAUGUCUCUAUCUCUCUCUUUGCAUGUCUUUUCUCUCUCUCUUUACAUGUCUCUAUCUGUCUCUCUAAGCCAUGUCUUUUCUCUCUCUCUCUCUCUGUCUGCAUGUCUCUAUCUGUCUCUCUCUCUCUGCCAUGUCUUUCUCUCUCUCUUUGCAUGUCUCUAUCUGUCUCUCUAGCCAUGUCUUUUCUCUCUCUCUCUCUCUCUCUCUGCAUGUCUCUAUCUGUCUCUCUAGCCAUGUCUUUUCUCUCUCUUUGCAUGUCUCUAUCUGUCUCUCUAGCCAUGUCUUUUCUCUCUUUGCAUGUCUCUCUAUCUGUCUCUCUAGCCAUCUUUUCUCUCUCUCUCUCUCUCUGCAUGUCUCUAUCUCCAUGUCUUUUCUCUCUCUCUCUGUCUCUAUCUGUCUCUCUAGCCAUGUCUUUUCUCUCUCUUUGCAUGUCUCUAUCUGUCUCUCUAGCCAUGUCUUCUUCUCUCUCUCUCUCUGUCUCUCUCUCUGCAUGUCUCUCUCUCUGUCUUUCUCUCUCUUCUGCAUGUCUUUUCUCUCUCUCUUUGCAUGUCUCUAUCUGUCUCUCUAAUAUUGUCUUUUCUCUCUCUCUCUCUCUGCAUGUCUGUCUCUAUCUGUCUCUCUCACUUUGCCUUUAUCUCUCUUUUCUCUCUUUGCAUCAUGUCUCUAUCUGUCUCUCUAGCCAUGUCUUUUCUCUCUCUUUGCAUGUCUUUUCUCUUUCUCUCUCUAUCUGUCUCUCUAGCCAUGUCUUUUCUCUCUCUCUCUCUCUCUGCAUGUCUCUAUCUGUCUCGCUAGCCAUGUCUUUUCUCUCUCUUUGCAUGUCUCUAUCUGUCUCUCUAGCCAUGUCUUUUCUCUCUCUCUCUCUCUCUCUGCAUGUCUCUAUCUCCAUGUCUUUUCUCUCUCUUUCAUGUCUCUCAUCUCUCUCCUUACUGUCUUUUCUCUCUGUCUUUUCUCUCUAUCUGUCUCUUCUCAUGUCUCUCUCUUUGCAUGUCUCUAUCUGUCCAUGUCUUUUCUCUCUCUUUUUGCAUGUCUCUAUCUCUCUCUCUAUGUCAUUUCUUUCUCUCUCUUUGCAUGUCUCUAUCUGUCUCUCUCUUUUUCUCUCUCUUUCUCUCUCUUUGCAUGUCUCUAUCUGUCUCUCUAGCCAUGUCUCUUUUGCAUCUCUCUCUUGCCAUGUCUCUAUCUGUCUCUGCAUGUCUCUCUGUCUUUUCUCUCUCUCUCUCUCUCUCUGCAUGUCUCUAUCUCCAUGUCUUUCUCUCUCUCUCUCUCUGCAUGUCUCUAUCUCUCUCUCUUUGCAUGUCUCUAUGUCUUUUCUCUCUCUCUUUGCAUGUCUCUAUCUGUCUCUCAGUAGCCAUGUCUUUUCUCUCACUUUGCAUGUCUCUAUCUGUCUCUCUAUCCAUGUCUUUUCUCUCUCUUUGCAUGUCUCUAUCUGUCUCUCUCUAGCCAUGUCUUUUCUCUCUCUUUGCAUGUCUCUAUCUGUCUCUCUCUUUGCAUGUCUCUAUGUCUUUCUCUCUCUUUGCAUGUCUCUAUCUCCAUGUCUUUUUCUCUCUUUGCAUGUCUCUAUCUCUCUCUCUAUGUCAUGUCUUUUCUCUCUUUGCAUGUCUAUCUGUCUCUCUAUGUCUUUUCUCUCUCUUUGCAUGUCUCUAUCUGUCUCUCUAUGCAUGUCUUUUCUCUCUUUGCAUGUCUCUAUCUGUCUCUCUCUAGCCAUGUCUUUUCUCUCUCUUUGCAUGUCUCUAUCUCUCUCUCUAGCCAUGUCUUUUCUCUCUCAUGUCUCUCUCUCUCUCUAUGUCUCUCUCUUUGUGUCUCUCUUGCCAUGUCUUUUCUCUCUUUUGCAUGUCUCUAUCUGUCUCUCUAGCCAUGUCUUUUCUCUCUCUUUGCAUGUCUCUAUCUGUCUCUCUCACUUUGCAUGUCUUUUCUCUCUCUUUUCUUUUCUCUCUCACAUGUCUCUAUCUGUCUUCUCUAGCCAUGUCUUUUCUCUCCUUUGCAUGUCUCUAUCUGUCUCUCUUUACAUCUGUCUUUUCUCUCUCUUUCUGUCUCUCUCUCUGCAUAUCUGUCUCUCUAUGUGUCUUUUCUCUCUCUUUGCAUCCAUGUCUUUUCUCUCUCUUUGCAUGUCUCUAUCUGUCUCUCUAGCCAUGUCUUUCUCUCCAUCUAUCUGUCUCUCUAUGUCUUUUCUCUCUUUGCAUGUCUCUAUCUGUCUCUCUAUGUCUUUUUCUCUCUCUUCUCUCUCUGCAUUUCUCUCUUUGCAUGUCUCUCUAUCUGUCUCUCUAGCAUGUCUUUUUCUCUUUUUGCAUGUGCCAUCUGUCUCUCUUGUCUUUUCUCUCUCUUUGCAUGUCUCUAUCUGGCUCUCUCUAGCCAUGUCUUUUCUCUCACUUUGCAUGUCUCUAUCUGUCUCUCUAACCAUGUCUUUUCUCUCUUUUUGUCUCUAUCUGUCUCUAUCUUUCUCUCUUUGCAUGUCUCUAUCUGUCUCUUGUCUUUCUCUCUCUUUGCAUGUCUCUAUCUGUCUCUCUAGCCAUGUCUUUUCUCUCUCUCUCUUUGUCUUUUUCUCUCACUCUGUCUCUCUCUCUCUAACCAUGUCUUUUCUCUCUCUUUGCAUGUCUCUAUCUCUCUCUCUAUAUGUCAUGUCUUUUUCUCUCUCUUUUGCAUGUCUCUAUCUCUCUCUCUUUUCUCUCUUCUCUCUCUCUCUCUGUCUAUCUGUCUCUCUGCAUGUCUUUUCUCUCUCUUUGCAUGUCUCUAUCUGUCUCUCCCUAGCCAUGUCUUUUCUCUCUCUCUCUUUGCAUCCAUGUCUUUCUCUCUCUCUCUCUCUCUCUCUCUCACUUUGCAUGUCUCUAUCUGUCUUUUCUUUCUCUCUUUUGCAUAUCUCUAUCUGUCUCUCUAGCCAUGUCUUUUCUCUCUCUCUCUCUCUCUGCAUGUCUCUAUCUGUCUCCCUAGCCAUGUCUUUUCUCUCUCUUUGCAUGUCUCUAUCUGUCUCCUCUAGAUGUCAUGUCUUUCUCUCUCUCUCUCUGCAUGUCUCUAUCUCCAUGUCUUUUCUCUCUCUCUCUCUCUCUCUCUGCAUGUCUCUAUCUGUCUCGCUAAUACCAUGUCUUUCUCUCUCUUUGCAUGUCUCUAUCUGUCUCUCUAGCCAUGUCUUUUCUCUCUCUCUCUCUCUCUCUGCCAUGUCUCUCUCAUCUCCAUGUCUUUCUCUCUUUUGCAUGUCUCUAUCUGUCUCUCUCCCUAACCAUGUCUUUCUCUCUUUGCUUCUCAUCUCUCUUUCUCUGUCUCUAUCUGUCUCUCUAUUGUCUUUUCUCUCUCUCUCUCUCUCUCUAGCCAUGUCUCUCUCUCUCCAUUUCUUUUCUCUCUCUCUGCAUGUCUCUGUCUGUCUCUCUAGCCAUGUCUUUUCUCUCCUUUGCAUGUCUCUCUCUGUCUCUCUCUCUGUCACCAUGUCUUUUCUCUCUCUUUGCAUGUCUCUAUCUGUCUCUCUAGCCAUGUCUUUUCUCUUUUUGCAUGUCUCUAUCUGUCUCUCUAGCCAUGUCUUUUCUCUCUCUCUUUGCAUGUCUAUCUGUCUCUCUAGCCAUGUCUUUUCUCUCUCUUUGCAUGUCUCUAUCUGUCUCUCUCUAGCCAUGUCUUUUCUCUCUCUUUGCAUGUCUCUAUCUCUCUCUCUAUGUCUUUUCUUUUUUCUCUCUUUCUCUAGCAUCCAUGUCUUUUCUCUCUCUUUGCAUGUCUCUAUCUUUCUCUCUAUGUGUCUUUUCUCUCUUUGCAUGUCUCUAUCUGUCUCUCUAGCCAUGUCUUUUCUCUCUCUUUCUCUCUGCAUGUCUCUAUCUGUCUCGCUAGCCAUGUCUUUUCUCUCACUUUGCAUGUCUCUAUCUGUCUCUCGAGCCAUGUCUUUUCUCUCUCUUUGCAUGUCUCUAUCUGUCUCUCUAGCCAUGACUUUUCUCUCUCUUUGCAUGUCUCUAUCUGUCUCUCUAGCCAUGUCUUUUCUCUCUCUUUUUCUCUCUAUCUGUCUCUCUAGCCUUGUCUUUUCUCUCUCUUUGCAUGUCUCUAUCUGUCUCUCUAUACAUGUCUUUUCUCUCUCUUUGCAUGUCUCUAUCUCCAUGUCUUUUCUCUCUCUUUGCAUGUCUCUAUCUGUCUCUCUAACCAUGUCUUUUUCUCUCUCUUUUUGUCUCUAUCUGUCUCUCUUUGUCUUUUCUCUCUUUUUGCACGUCUCUAUCUGUCUCUCUGCAUGUCUUUUCUCUCUCUCUUUCUCUGUGUCUCUAUCUGUCUCUCCUAGCCAUGUCUUUUCUCUCACUUUGCAUGUCUCUAUCUGUCUCUCUCUCCAUGUCUUUCUCUCUCUUUUUGUCUCUAUCUCCAUGUCUUUUCUCUCUCUUUGCAUGUCUCUCUAUCUGUCUCUCUCAUCUGUCUUUUCUCUCUUUCUCUCUGCAGCUCUAUCUGUCUUUCUUUUCUCUUUCUUUUGCAUGUCUCUAUCUGUCUCUCUAGCCAUGUCUUUUUCUCUCUCUCUCUCUCUCUCUAGCAUGUCUCUAUCUCCAUGUCUUUCUUUUCUCUCUCUUCUGCAUGUCUCUUUCUGUCUCAUACCCUUGUCUUUUUUCUCUCUUUGCAUGUCUCUAUCUCUCUCUCUAGCCAUGUCUUUUCUCUCUCUCUUGCAUGUCUCUAUCUGUCUUUUCUCUCCUUGCAUGUCUUUCUGUCUCUCUCUCUCUCUCUCUUUCAUGUCUCUAUCUGUCUCUCUAACCAUGUCUUUUUCUCUCUCUUUUUACUCCAUGUCUUUUCUCUCUUUCUCUCUCUAUCUGUCUCUAUCUGUCUCGCUAACAUGUCUUUUCUCUCUUUGCAUGUCUCUAUCUGUCUCUCUAGCCAUGUCUUUUCUCUCUCUCUCUUUCUGCAUGUCUCUAUCUGUCUCUAUCUGUCUUUUCUCUCCCUUUGCAUCUCACUUUCUCUCUCUCUCUCUCUCUCUGCAUGUCUCUCUCUUUGUCUCUCCCUCUCUCUCUAGCCAUGUCUUUUCUCUCUCUUUGCAUGUCUCUAUCUGUCUCUCUAGCCAUGUCUUUCUUCUCUCUCCCUCUCUCUGCAUGUCUCUAUCUGUCUCUCUAUACAUCUCUGUAUCUGUCUCUCUCUCUCCUCUCUCUUUCAGUCUCUAUCUGUCCCUUCUCUCUCUUUGCAUGUCUCUAUCUCCUUGUCUUUCUCUCUCUCUCUCUCUCUGCAUGUCUCUAUCUCUCUCUCUAGCCAUGUCUUUUUCUCUCUCUUUGCAUAUCUCUAUCUGUCUCUCUAACCAUGUCUUUUCUCUCUCUUUCUCUCUCUCUCUGUCUCUCUCUGUCUGUCUUUUCUUUUCUCUGCCAUGCUUUCUUUCUUUGCUCUAUCUCUCUCUCCAUGUCUCUCUCUCUUUGCAUCUAUCUGUCUCUCUAGCCAUGUCUUUUUCUUUCUUUUGCAUGUCUCUAUCUGUCUCUCUAGCCAUGUCUUUUCUCUCUCCUCUCUCUCUGCAUGUCCCUAUCUGUCUCUCUAGCCAUGUCUUUUCUCUCUCUUUGCAUGUCUCUCUAUCUGUCUCUCUAGCCAUGUCUUUUCUCUCUCUUUACUCUCUCUCUCUCUAUACAUCCAUGUCUCUAUCUGUCUCUCCUAGCCAUGUCUUUUCUCUCUCUUUGCAUGUCUCUAUCUGUCUCUCUAACCAUGUCUUUUUCUCUCUUUUGCAUGUCUCUAUCUGUCUCUCUAGCCAUGUCUUUCUCUCUCUCUCUCUCUCUCUCUGCAUUUCUUUCUCUCUUUCAUGUCUCUAUCUGUCUCUCUAG